AUGGUCAUGCAAACCCUCCUCCUCGACGCCGUUGCUGUCGCGGCGGCCAACGUGACCCCACGCACGCAGCCUCAACCCCGCCGCAUCUCAGUCUUGAUGGCGCGCGCGCCACGACGGGAGUCCGACCCGAAAAAACGGGUGGUGAUCACGGGAAUGGGCGUGGUGUUGGUGUUCGGCAACGACGCGGACGCGUUAUACCACCGGCUCCUCGCCGGGGAGAGCGGCGCGGGGCACAUUGACCGCUUCGAUCCCACCGGGUUCCCCACCCGUUUCGCCGCCCAGAUCCGCGGCUUCUCCUCCGAGGGCCACAUCGACGGCAAGAGCGACCGCCUCCUCGACGACUGCCAGCGCUACGCCCUCGUCGCCGCCAGGAAGGCCCUCGAGUCCGCCGACCUCGCACUCGGCUCCAGAGCCAUGGCCAAGAUUGACCUGGAGCGCGCCGGCGUGGUCGUCGGCUCCGGCAUUGGCGGCGUCAAGGAGUUCUCCGCCGGCGUGGAGAGCCUCGUGACCAAGGGGCCAAGCAAAAUCUCCCCCUUCAGCGUCCCGCUCACGAUUCCCAGCAUGGCGUCGGCUCUGGUCUCCCUCGACGCGGGCAUCGGCUUCCUGGGCCCCAACUACUCGGUCUCGACGGCCUGCGCCACGUCCAACCACUGCCUCCACAGCGCCGCCGACCAGAUCCGCCUGGGUCGCGCCGACCUCAUGCUCGCCGGCGGCGCGGAGGCCGCCAUCGCCCCGGUCGCCCUCGGCGGGUUCGCGGCGCUGGGGGCGCUUUCGAGGAGGAACGCCGACCCCGGGACGGCGUCCCGGCCGUGGGACAGAGACCGCGACGGCUUCGUCAUCGGCGAGGGCGCCGGAGUGCUGGUGAUGGAGAGCCUUGAUCAUGCCACGAGGCGUGGCGCCCCGGUCCUCGCCGAGUACCUGGGCGGCGCGGCGAGCUGCGACGCGCACCAUGUGGCCAGCCCGAGGCCAGACGGCCGUGGCGCCUCGCUCUGCAUCAAGCGCAGUCUCGAAGACGCCGGCGUCGCACCGGAAGAGGUGAACUACGUAAACGCUAAUGCAACCUCCUCACCUGCUGGGGACCUGGCAGAACUGAAGGCUUUGAAGCAAGUCUUCAAGGACACGUCCCAGAUCAAGAUGAAUGCAACCAAGUCCAUGAUAGGGCACUGCCUUGGCGCCGCCGGCGGUUUGGAGGCCAUCGCCACCAUCAAAGCCAUUACCACCGGCUUGGUGCAUCCAACUAUAAACCAGUUCAAUCCUGAUCCGGCAGUAGAGCAGUUCGACACGGUGCGUGAUGCGAAACAGCAGCACCAAGUGCACGUCGGUAUCUCCAAUUCGUUUGGAUUUGGUGGUCAGAAUUCGGUGGUAGUGUUCGCACCGUUCAGGCGCUGACCAGGGCGCUGGCGCGUCGAACAUGUUCGUCCAGAACUCAGAAGAUGGAACGCCUCCCUUGCUUCUUCUUGCAAGUGGCAUCUGAAAGGCAUCCCUAAUCUUGACAAUGAAUACAGAAAUGCUCUUGUGUGAGAUGCAUUAUGUAAAACAACAGCAUGAAGCGACUUUUUUUGUUUUUGAAAAUGCAGCAUGGAGUAACAUUCAGAAUA